CAUCUUGUGCAUUUGGAGACAAACUUGACGAAUGCCUCAGAGAUCGCCUAAUUGCUGGAAUAAAUAAUCCCGUGGCAAAUGAACUCUUUCAAACCACACGGAAUCAGUCUAUCUCAUGCACCGAGAAAUUCAGACAGUUUAAAGUGUGGUCAAGCUGAUAGAAAGAUUGGACAAUGUGUCUCUUGUGGAAAGUUGCAUUCACGGAAUACCUGCCCGCAUCGGAAUUCCAAGUGUCAUCAUUGUGGGAAAGUUGGACAUAUUCGUAUUGUUUGUCGCCAGUUCAGACGUUGUAAUGUUGUGAAACAAGUUGAUGAUUCCACAGAGAACUUGCCCGACGAUUUUCAUCCGCUGACAUUGGCUGUGAAUACGAGUGGCCAUUUAUACAACACUUUACGUUUCGGAAAUGGUAUGUCACAUCGUUUCAUUGUUGACACCAGUAGCGUAGAGUCUCUUAUUUCUAAAACGAGUCUCGAUCAUCUGUAGCCUGACGCUCAGCUUGAUUCUACACUCAUCACUAUUAAAGGUAUUACUGGUCAUACCAUUCCGGUGAUAGGAUGUUGUACCUUACCAGUGCUAGAUAAGCAUUUGAAACCUGUCGAGUGUAAAUUUGUUGUCAUUCGUCAAGGCCCGUCCAUACUCGGUCUUAAAGUUAUGCAGGCACUUAAAAUAAGUGUCAAUUUUCU